AAUCCAUUUCUCUUGGAAAAAAGUUCGCCUUCAGUUUGCUGUUUGGUUACUGAGAAACCGCAGGAAAACCAGAACGAAGAGGAAGGAACAAUGUCGGUCACGGCAGGUGUUAGUGAUACUGUAAUAGCCAUUAGGGAUAAACUUAGAGGCAAAAUUGGGCAAACCAAAGUUAAAAGAUAUUGGCCUGGGAAAGCUCCUGAAUGGGCUGAUGAUGCCGAUGAAGAUGACGAUAUUAGGAUGGCUAGGGCUGUUGCUUUAGAAAAAGCUUUUCCUAGUCACGACGAUUCGGGCAUUGUUAGAAAAGAUGAUCCUAGGUUACGCCGUUUGGCUGAGAGUCGGAUUGAUAAUAGGGAUGAAAUUAGGGCUGAUCAUAGGCGCAUUAGGCAAGCUGAGAUUGUGUCGACUGAAGAGGAGGAGAAUAGGAGGAAUGAAGGGGUCGAGGCUGAGGAAGAAGAUGAGGACGCGUUGGAUGAGAGGAGGAGAAGGAUUAAGGAGAAGAUGCUUCAGAAGAAACAAGAGGAAACGCCAUUGUUGGAAGAGGAGGAGGAAGAGGAAGCGGAGGAAGAAGAGGAGGAAGAGUCGGAGUAUGAGACAGAUUCAGAAGAGGAACAUACAGGUAUUCCGAUGAUGAAGGCGAUUUUUGUGCCAAAGUCAGAGAGAGAAACAAUAGCUGAGCGUAAACGGUUGGAGGCAGAAGAGCGGGCUAUUGAGGAGGCGGAGAAGAGGAAGCUGGAACAUAGGAAGAUUGAGACAAGGCAAAUUGUGGUUGAGAAGAUUAGGGAGGAUACUGAAAUUCAGAAGAAUAUGGAGUUGGAGGCUAAUGUAGCUGAUGUCGAUACCGAUGAUGAGGUCAAUGAGGCAGAGGAGUAUGAAGCCUGGAAGGCGAGAGAGAUUGCUAGGAUCAAGAGGGAUAGAGAGGAAAGGGAAGCAAUGAUAAAGCAGAGGGAGGAGAUUGAGAAAGUUAGGAAUAUGACCGAGGAAGAGAGGCGAGAAUGGGAGAGGAAGAAUCCGAAACCUGCUCCACCGCCUAAACAAAAAUGGAAGUUUAUGCAGAAAUAUUACCACAAGGGUGUUUUCUACCAGACGGAAGCUGAUGAUCCUGCAGCAACUGCUGGAGGAGACAAUAUUUAUUAUCGUGAUUUCUCUGCCCCAACAGGUGAAGACAAGAUGAACAAGACAAUAUUGCCUAAGGUCAUGCAGGUCAAGCAUUUUGGUCGUAGCGGAAGAACCAAAUGGACGCAUCUUGUCAAUGAGGAUACAACUGAUUGGAACAAUCCAUGGACAUACAAUGAUCCGCUUCGGGCAAAAUACAAUGCAAAAAUGGCAGCUGUGAAUGCACCUAUAGCCAAACCAAAAGGAAGCAAGAAGUUGAAGGAUUGGGAAUUGAAAUGAACAUUAGUUUUUAUCCAUCAUUUGAUUUGAGAAUUUCAUCUCUUCUUUUUUCCCCGAUGAUCGGCACCUGGCGUCUUUCUUCGCCAACAGUACCUGGGUUGAUGCUUACUUGACUUUGGUAGUUGACUCCUAGCACUGCAGAAACUGAAUGUAAGAUGAAGUAAAAUUGUAAAAUUAAUUUCCUGAAUUUAAAAGGUGAGUUUUAUGAUUGGAUUUGUAUUGGCAGAAAAAAAAGA